UUUUUUAUUGAUUUAUAUUUUGUGUUAUCCCAUCAUCUAUAUUUAAUUCCUAUGCUAAGAGUCUUUGUUUCGAAACCAGCAGAGAAGCAAAAAAUACAAAGAAAAUUUGAGGUGGAAAAAGCAAAAUCGUUAGGUGGGAAUAGCACGGGCCCAACGAAUGACGUCCAAAAAUUACGUACCAUGAACUGAACAGAAAUUAGGCCGAACAGGUAAACAUAAACUGAAUAAAGAGAGAGAAACGUUGGUGGCCAUGUAAUGACAGAGAGGCCAACGAGGAAGAGAAAAAUGGGAGACACAAAGGAGAGAGCUACGAAGAAACCCGCGGCAAAAUGGCCUCUCAUCAAACCCAAAAAGAAUCUUCAGAUUAGCCGCCUCCGAGAUUUCGAUCUCUUCACGGUCCAGAAUUUUUUCUCCUCCGCUGAAUCAAAGGCAUUCGUUAAAAUUGCUGAAGAAAUUGGUUUUACUCAUCAGGGGAGUCUAGGUCCAACUUAUGGCGAAGCAUUCAGAGAUAAUGAUCGAAUGUUGGUGGAUGAUCCUGUCCUUGCAGAUACUAUUUGGGAGUCUGGACUUAGCAAACUAUUUUCUGAUAUUAAAAUUCGAGGAAAGGUUGCUGUAGGCCUCAAUCCAAAUAUUAGAUUCUAUAGGUACAAGGUUGGUCAGCGCUUUGGACGGCAUAUUGAUGAAAGUGUUGAUCUUGGAGAUGGAAAACGCACUUAUUAUACUCUGCUAGUGUAUUUGAGUGGUGGGCCUGGUGAACUUAAAUCAAAGCCCAAAAAUGAUUCCAGCAAUCCCUCAGUUUCAUCUGUUGAUCCUUUAGUUGGAGGAGAAACAGUGUUUUAUGGUCAAAGAAACAAAACUGUGGCUGAGGUGGCUCCUACUGAAGGGACAGCCCUACUGCACCUUCAUGGAGAUAAAUGUUUGUUGCAUGAAGCCAGAAAUGUUACCAAGGGUGUCAAGUACGUGUUUCGUUCAGAUGUAGUAUUUGCAUGAAGUCUGAAGAAUGGUUCAUGUCUUAUACCAAAUAUCCUGGUAUAUACAUCUCCUGAGUCCUGAAGGCUUUUUCUUUGUUAGAACUUAGCAUAUUACUCAAAAGUAAAAAUAUCUGUGUUAUCUUAAUUUUUGGUGUUGGUAAUUUGUUCUGUAUGAAAAUUUAUGCAACAGAUAAUUUACUUUUACAUGUAAUGUGUAAACAAAACAGGGAAGUCAUUUUGAAAAACUCAUAUAGUAAGAAAAUCAGGUUAACUAAACCAGCUACCUACUCAGAAAAUUAAGGGCAGCCUGGUACUAUAAUAUUAACCUCCCAUUACUCAGA